CACUACUAGAAAUUUACCCUAUUUUCUCUCUCCACUACUACAAUUUUACCCUUCUCUCUCUCUACAAGGGCCUGCCUCCCUGGGUCUGAGAGCGAACAUUGUAGAGCAGAAGGCAAAGCAAUGUUUUACUCUCAGGGUUUACUCAGCAGAGAUGGACCUUUGGGCACCAUUUGGGUUGCCUCUCAUCUUCAUCGAAAGCUCAAAAAAGCCCAGGUAGCCAACACAAGUAUCUCCUCCUCUGUCGAUUACAUCAUAGGCUCUGAAGUCUCAAUCACAUUGAGAAUGUCUGGUCAUCUUCUCCUGGGCGUUGUUAGAAUAUACUCAAAGAAAGUCGAAUACCUCUACCAUGACUGCCAUGAAGCCCUAAACAAACUAAAAGACUCCUUUGUUUUAAUGCAGCUCAACAGACUACCAGAAGCCCCAACUGCUCCUUUCCAUAGUAUCACUCUUCCAGAAAAGUUUGAACUUGAUCUUUUGAACUUGGAGGAGAUGGGAUAUCAGAUGACAGAGCUUGAAGGUGACCAUACUAAAACUAGAGACCAGAUAACUUUGCGAGACCAGUUUCCAUGUGGCGGUGAUCCGUUUAUGACAUUCUCCGUGCAUGAGGCCAAUACCUGUUCCCAGAUGCUUGGAAUUAACAUCUCACUCCAAGGCUAUGAGUAUUUUUCUCAUCAUAACAUGGGGACGUAUGAAGUGGAUAGUGGAAGUGAUUUAGACUCGUUCAUCCCUAAACAUGAUGGAAAUAGGCUUCGUUUGGAGGAAUAUCCUGACUCGGAAAUGCCCCGAAAUGUAGAUGAACUACUAAAUUCAGGGAUACAUGCAAUGCAAUCAAAUGAGCUCUGUAAGGAUGCCAAUGAACAGGUUGAUCAUGGAAGGAAUGUAAUACUACCUGAGACAUUGUUACCAUCUCCAGAGAGAACUUGUGUUUCCUCAGGAUUUUCUCCUUCAUCUCUUCAAAUGCCAGUUGUUGGAACGCCUGCUGGAACUCCUAAAUCUGUUGUGCCACCUGCAUUUGGGGAAUUUACACCUGAAUAUAUGGUUCUUCCAACUCCAAAGGCUCAGGAACGAACUCCAAAAUCGAGGAAAAGAAAGCAUUUCUUUGAUGAAAGCAUUGUGCUUUCUAAUGAGCACAUGAGGCAAAGAUUACAAGAUGCUAGCAACCUAUUGCGCAAAAGAAGGAAACCACCUCUCACGGCCUUUGAUAUUUGGCAGGCCUACAGGGUUUCUCAUAUGCAUCAACUUCUGAUGGAGUCUUGGGUUCCCUCUAUCUGUCUGGACAUUCGAGCCAUAAUCAACGAAAGUUGUGACCUUCCCUCAAAGGGUAAGCGAAAAUUAGAAUUUCCAGAAUCCAAAGAACAUAGUGGGUCAGCUAUUGGUCCUGAAGUUGAACAUUGGACUGACCAUACCAAUAUUCACCAAUCAAAGCUAUCUCAUUCUCAUAUAAGAGAAGAAGAGAGCAUGCCUGUGAUUGUUGAGGAAGAGAGAGUUCACAAGCAACAGCCAUGCAAAGCUUUUGAUGGUGAGAUUGAGGAUCAAAGAAAGGCCGAGUCAGGGGCAUCUCAGUUCAAGACUCAGUCAACUGAUGCAACAGCAACAGAGCAACAGCUACCAGCUGAAGAGCUUUCUCUUAAUUUGGAGGAUGAGGACUUGAAUUCCUCUGUUGCUGAAUCUAGAAGCACGGUGGAUGCUGGGUUUGCUAGUGUGUCCUCCAGGACUAGGGUUGUGGCACAGUAUCUACGGAGUGCCUUCCAAUCUUGGAAACGAGGACCAAAGGAGGUUUUGAGCCUCAAUGACACUCUCGAGGGAAAAACUAGAAGAGAGUGUGCGAAAAUGUUCUUUGAAAUAUUGGUUCUGAAGAGUAGCGGAUGCGUAAAUGUGCAGCAGGAAUCAUCCUUUGGUGACAUUCUUCUUUUUGCGACUUCCGCACUUACUGCAGUUUGAACGAGGGUUUCCUCAAGGGUCAAAGGCUUUAACAUGGAUCUUAACAGGUUGCCGGUGUGCAUAUAACUUCGACAUAUGUUGCAAAGUACAAAGUACAAGGUAAAUAGUUCAGGUUCUGAGUUGUAUAUAUUCAUUUGUAGAUGAUAAAAUAAAGAUUAGGUGCUUUUAAUGUAGGAGCUGGCCAUUGUGCAAUGCAUUGAUUUCUCUCUUAUGUAGUGAAGCUUUUUUCUUUUUCUAGUUGAAUGUUUGGAGUGGGUCUGCUGUUGGAGAAUUACUAUGUCUGGGGUGUUGUUAUUUAAUUUGUAAAGCAAUUUCAGGCAUAAGUUACAAA